AUGGUAAGAACUACUCAAUAUCGAGAUGCUAUUACUCGUUUUGCUCAAGGGCCUGACGAGCUUCUUCAUGAGGCUUGGGAAAGAUUCGGAGACCUCAUUCGGAAGUGUCCUCAAUAUGACAUGCCAAAAUGGCAGCUUGUCAACUUUUUUCAUAAGGGGCUCAAUGAGGCACAAAGGUAUAUGGUGGAUGCCUCUUGUGGUGAAAAUUUUAUGUUGAAGAGUGUAGAAGAGGCAUGGCAGCUCUUCGAAAAUAUAUCUGAUAAUUCUACACAACAUGUCUUACCUCCAGUAGCAAGACCUCAUAUCAUGUUGAGGAGAGCAGAAAGUGUGAAUGAAGCAGGAAUAAAUCAAGGGCUAGUGAGCCAAAUGGAGGCAUUAACCAAAAGGAUAGAUCAAUUGAUGACUUCACAAUCAAAUUUUAUUCCUCCUUCAACUAAUGCUCAAGGCUUUGAAGUAUACUCUUUCUGUUCUAGUCCAACUCACCAUGUGUCCAUUUGUCCAAAUGCAGCUCAGUAUUCAGGAAUUUCACAAGAGCAAGUCAAUGCUGCUUAUGGAACGCCGGGAGGAGGUAAUAUGUUUUCAAACACUUACAAUCCGGCUUGGAGAAACCAUCCAAACUUCUCAUGGAGAAAUCCAACCACAGGGACAUUAGCUCCUCCACCUCAAGUACCUCAGUCUCAUUCUCAAUCCCUUGCCAAGUUAGAGACUCAAUUUGGCCAACUAGCUCAAGCCUUAAAUAGAAGAGAAGAUGGCAAACUUCCUAGUCAACCAGUAGCUAAUCCAAGAGGUGUGCGUAUAAUUGAUGACAUUACUGGCCAAGAAGUCCACCAUGAACAAGUGCAAGCAAUUACUACCCUGAGAAGUGGUAAAAGAGUUGAAAACAAGGUGGAAAAAGAGGAAGCAAAGAAGGAUGAAAAUUGGAAGAAAAUACUUGAAGAGAAAAAUGAGCAUAAUGAAAAAGCACAAGAAGUACCUCCAACUACUGAGCCAUUUCCUGAACAAAGGCAUGUUGUUGUGCCAUUCCCUCAGAGACUACAAGAAACAUAA